AUGGCCCAGAAGGUCUCGGACAUAGCCCAGCUCGCCGGCGCGAAGGAUGCCAGCUACCUCGCGAGGCAGGACACAUCGUCCGAUGAUGCGGAAGAUGUGUCCUGGCAGGACACAUCCUCAGAUGAUGCGGAGGCCAAGGUCCAGGCGCUGGACCAUGUGCACGCGAUGGUGGGCGACCAGAGCUAUGAUGGCAUACUGAAGCUUGCGAGCACAACAACCGGUUGGGCCCCCUUGAUGUCGCGGUGUCGGGGGCAGAUCGGCGACACUUUUACCGUCGGCAAGAAUCUGACAAGCUCGUUGGAGAAGGUAUUUCGAGAUACGGCUACCACCAGUGAUGUUGAAGCCCUGUUCGUGAACUUGCGAGUGGCCUUCCCCUUGCUCCUGGAAGAUGGAUCUGGCAAGCUGAAAGUUCGGGUGAUACAGGCCCUGCGAGGGUUGGAGCAGGUGAGCGGAAAGCUCAUCAAUAUAAUAUCCGAGAACUUUGUCUGCGUGGUUGAGCACCCUGAGACCGUCAGCAACCCAGAUGAAGCCAACGCGCUGCUUCAGGAACAGGCAGACGAGAUUAGGAUGUCGCCCAGUCGUACAGCAGCGGCCACCUCUUGGUACGAUGACUUGAGCGAGAAGGUCAAUAACACCGUCCGCAACUCGCUGGAGCUGAAAGAGGUGCGGGAUGCGUUAGACUCGAUCGCAUCCGUGGGUGAGGAGAUAACCAGCCGCGAGAAGCUCUUCGACGCCGUGCACAAGACCCUGACUACUUGGAUUACUGUGCGCAGUAAGGCUGGCGAGGAGAAGUUGGCUAUCUUCCCAUGCUGGGAAGCCGUGGCUACCUUGAAAGAUGCAGUUUCGACGAAAUACGGGCUGGACUCUGAGGUGACCGAUGCGCUCGACUCCAUCGAGUCCAAGCUCGAGCUGGACGACCUGGGGGCCACCUUGUACAAGACGAGGGUUGCCACCUUCAAGGAAGCGGUCUUCGCCCACGCGGUGGCGUGCACUAACUUGAAUGGCACAACUGUCACCGAUGCGGCUGCCGUCGAGUUGGUGAUCUCCACAGGAACCACGGUGCGGGAUAUGGCUCAUCCGUGCUUGCAGGUCUGCCGCUGGUCGGAGACGCCCGGGCGCGACCGCGCUGCCAUUGCCCUCGUCCGCGAUGUGAUCCUCUGCGUCACGUCGAUGGGCCAUGUCGCAUGCAAGAUGGAUGCGAAUAUCGAUGUGGAGUUCGCGCCUAGCGCGGACCUGGAUAGCUCAAUCAGCCAGAUGAGCGAGAAGGCAGAGGAUGUCUCGCUCUCCAUAACUUGGCUCAUGGGGGACAGCAUGGGAGCAUCUUUCGCGGGGAAGGUGAAGUCUUGGUGCGAGCGCUUGAUGGGCGCGUCGGUGAACGCGACAGACCUGAAGCUCGAGGAGAUCGAUCAGCUGAUGAACGCUAUCCUUUCCAAACUCGUGGAGAAGGGCCAGGACAUGACAUGGGCCCAGAUCGUGUCCAAGUUCAAGGCCAAGGAUGCGGGCGAAGUGAAGUCCAUCCGCUACAAGCUGAAGACGGCUGUGGGCGAGCUCCCGGAGGGCAAGCGGCUCAAGAAACACAAUGAAGUGUUGGGCGAGUCGCGGUUCCAGACUUUCAAGUGGGGCGUCGCGACGCUGAUGACCAACCCAUCAAUAGGCUUCACCGCUGCGGACGGCCGUGAGAUUCGCUCCAACCUGAAGGAUGUCUGGGCCGUGUCUGGUGCCGAUGAGCAGUUCAAGAAGUACCUCGGCGAGGGCGUGGUCAAGGAGGUGGAGGAUAUCUUGGCUAUCAAAGACGAGGCCGGGGAGGGCGAGAACCGCACCAGUGAGUCCAAAGGCAAGAGGGCGAAGGCUGCGAGCGCCAGCUCUGGCCCCGAG